AUGCUCGAUUUUUUUACAAUCUUUACCAAAGGUGGUAUUGUCCUUUGGACAAAAUCCUUUGCACGUAUCACUAAUUCUCCUAUAAAUUUUCUGAUUAAAGAUAUUUUAAUCGAAGAGAGAGCUGGCGAAAAUAGUUAUAUCAAAGAUUCAUACAAAGAACUUUUGGCAACGGUGAAAAAAUUCUUUUGCGAUAAAUUUAGUGAAUUUAUUCGUGAUACUUCUAAAAUUCACGAUUUUACUUUUGACGAAGAUUUUGAUAGAAUUCUUGAUAAUAUUGAAACCAAGGAUACACAAGUUCAAGAAAGUAAAAGAUCAAAGCCAAGAAAAUUUGAACAAACAAAAAAAUAUAAAGAAACUUUAGAAGGAUCCAAAAAGCUUGACGUGAGUGACAUAACUAAGCCACCUACAAAUCCUAUCGUUGAUGAAGAUGAAAUAGCUCGUAAUAUCGAGGCACUUAAUAAUAAAAAAACUAAAGGUCGUGGCGGUCGAAAUAAACCAAAAAACAAUAAAAGUUCUAAUGUAUUAUUAUCCGAGAAUGAUAAGCCCACAAGAAAAAAGGUUAUACGCGUAUGGGAUGAUAAGAUAACAAAGGAACAGAUGGAAAGUCUUGAUUAUAGCGCUGAACAAAAUAGCGAUGUUGAUUCUACGGUUGUCUCCAAACAAUUCGUUGAUCAAAAUGAAUUAGGGCGUCAUUUUAAUGACGGUCAUUACGAAGUAAAAGAUUUGGGUGCAUCGAGCAUUUUUUCAUUUUUCAAAAAUAUCACUGGCCAAAAAACUAUUACUGAACAAGAUCUUGCACCAGCUUUAGCUAUUAUGAAAGAUCAUUUGAUAAAAAAGAAUGUUGCAGCUGAUAUUGCAAUACAUUUAUGUGAAUCAGUUGCAAAAAAGAUUGUCGGACAAAAAACAACAACUUUUAAAAGCAUGCAAUCCGUUGUUAAACAAUCUAUGGAGGAUUCUUUAAAACGUAUCCUUACACCAAAAACAUCUGUAGAUUUAUUACGUGAUAUAGCACAAGCACAAUCUGAAUCUCGUCCAUAUACGAUUUGUUUCAUAGGUGUAAAUGGAGUUGGAAAAUCCACAAAUUUAUCAAAAACAUGUUUUUGGUUAUUACAGAAUGGCUUGAAAGUGCUUAUUGCAGCUUGCGAUACUUUUAGAUCCGGCGCUGUGGAACAAUUAAGAGUUCAUGUUAGAAACCUAGGUGCUUUAGGUUCUGACUCUUGUGUAGAACUUUAUGAACGAGGAUAUGGAAAAGAUGCUGCAGGAAUUGCAAAAGAUGCCAUUAAUUAUGCAAAGUUAAAUAAGUUUGAUGUGGUUUUAAUCGAUACUGCUGGCCGUAUGCAAGAUAAUGAACCAUUAAUGCGAGCUUUAGCAAAGCUUGUAACUGUGAAUAAUCCAGAUAAAAUAAUUUUUGUUGGUGAGGCUUUAGUAGGAAAUGAAGCAGUUGACCAAUUAACUAAAUUUAAUCAAGCUUUAAAAGAUUUUUCAGGAUUGCAAAAUCCUAGACAUAUUGAUGGAAUCAUAUUGACCAAGUUUGAUACUAUAGAUGAUAAGGUGGGAGCUGCUCUUUCAAUGGCUUACACAACUGGUCAACCUAUCUUGUUUGUUGGUACCGGACAAACAUAUACAGAUUUAAAAAAUAUGAAAGUAGCACAUAUUGUACAAGUACUUCUCAAAGAUUAA